AUGUCCUCCGGCUUUGUCAGUGGAGGCACCAUUGAUGACCCAACCAAAAGGGACGAUGAGUGGGUGAAAGCCCAGCAGGAACUUGAAGCAGAGCGGAGAAGAAAGGCCGAGGAGGCCAAGCAAGAUGGUGGGAAAAGUCUUUAUGAGAUUCUACAACGGAAUAAGGCGGCCAAACAGGAAGCUUUCGAGGAGUCCAUUAAACUCAAGAAUCAGUUUCGUGCGCUUGAUGAGGAUGAAGUGGAAUUCCUAGAUUCGGUACUGGAGUUGACGAGGGCCCAAGAGGAAGCUUUGAAACGGGAAACAAGAGAACAAUUAGAAAUUUUUCACCGUCAGCGCCAGGAGGCAGAAAAGGUCUUGGUUGACAUCACCACCUCCAAUUCGAACGGCGUAGGUACAGGUGCGGUGCCAACUCUAGAUGAAGAACAAUGGGUCAUCAGUGCCAGGAAACGGAGGAGGGCCAAGGACAAGGACAUUUUUCCAGGUGUCAAGCGGAAGAAAAGUUCAUCUACGGACGCCAAAUCAUCUGCCAUCAACAAAGCGCAGCUAGAAGAACUUGGCAAGCAAUCGCAGUCGCCUCCCAGUUCAGCUAGUAUGUUAAUGGGAAUAGAGAAGCCCGAGAUCACCGAGAAAACGGAAGAACCCGAAAAGUCCGAAAAGACGGAGACAACGAAGGUUCACGACAUCGCAGCUGGUUCAGACACACCCAUCUCAUCUGUGCUUGGAUUGGGCGCCUACAGUUCAGACGGUGAUUGA